AUGAGGCCUCAGGAGUGGCAGGCCAGUGACAACGCAUCUCAGUGGUGGCUAAAUAUCGCUAGGACACCGUCUAUUCCCUGCAAGGCCAUGGCCACCAUCGCUAUGUUGAUCACUUGGGAGGUUUUCCGAGUCCCUUUUAACAUACUUACUCUAACUCAUAUAUGCCUGUGGAGAGGGAGCCCCCUCGGCACUCCGUUACCCCGGGAACGACACGUGGCUUCGCUGGAGGGGGACGCCCGACGCGAGCCAUGUUUUUUCUGCCACCGCCUGCCGAGCCCGCUGCGCUCCGGGCCCACCGUGCUCCACCGCCUCUCGCUCGUGUGGCCACAGGUCAGGCCCCGUGACCCGCCUCCAUGGGACACCGUGGCUUCUUGCUGCGCCCUUUUUCUCCUGUGCAUCUGCCGCCGGCGGUCUAGGGUUUCGGAAGGGGGCGAUGGCGGAGGGCUGUUUGGGUCGAGGAUCCCGCCGGUGGCGAGCACGCCACCGGUGUGCCGGCCCGCCGAGUUGGCCGGCCCCUCCGUCCUCCAGGUGCGCUCCCGCAGCCCAGGCGACCCAAGCAUUACCUCUGAUCUCUUCACGCCUGCGGGGCGAGGGUGGAGAUGCAGCCGCCACGCCACGCCGCCGCAGCGCCGGGUGGCCGGCGGCGGGGCUUUGCUACAGGGCGGGGCGGAUUGCGGGCCUCGGCUGAGGCCACGGAAGGCGGCUUGGGCAGCGAGAAUCGGCUGGACGGGUAGGCACCCUCCUUGUGACGCCACCAGAUGUGUUAGGGAGCGGAGCACACCACGGCACUCGGGGCGGAAGGGAGCAUGGUGCUCCGCUCCGGUCAUUGCCGCACUUUCUGGUGUCCGGUCAGCCGGCGCCGGCGCUGACGUGCUCAUAUUCUCCGGCUACACCUUGCUUGAUGAUCUGCUUCCCUGGAUCGAGGAUCUGAGGUACCUAGGAGGGGAUGAACCGCACCGGCCGCCCAUGUUCAUCCUCCUCGGUCAACUGAGGGCAGCCGGAUGUCCCAGAGUCCCAUUUCAUGGGCCAUGCCUCUACUAAUCUUAAGGAUCCUCUAGUGAAUCAGUGAGGAAGAAACCUUGCUCAUCCAAGAGACUCCUCGGAGGGGCUAAAGAUGAUAGCUGAACAGAGAUCAUCAGUUGCAUAAAUCGGCUACGGUACUAAUGCACGGUGCUGCUAGGACUCUACUAUAUAGGCUUAUCAUGAACUUUAGUUAGACUGCAUAUUUUGCUGGCCUCUUUUGGAACCAAAGUAGCAUGCCUGAAGAAGCACGGCUAACUUUGCGUUAGCAAACUCCUUUGAGCACAACAUCGUGCUUAUGUAGAUAAUGUCUGUCUUAUUCUUUUGGGCGCUGCAGCUGCAAACACCGCUCACCAUUACUAUGGAAGGCAUUGCAAAUAUGCCUGAAACCUGGGCACCUUGGACACAUGGACAGCAACCACGCUGAAGAAUUAUGGCCAGAACAAUAAUGCAACGCUGCUGUCGUUGGAUAUUUGGAUGUCUAGGUACUGUGAUGGUUAUUCUGGGAAACUAAUGUAAGACUGAUGUUGUUUAGCAUUCUUUAUAUGAAAUUAUUAUGCUGCUCAUUUCAGCACAAAAUUUUUCAACUCAAAUGUCAGGUAAAAUUUGUAUUUGUCCAGGUUGGUUUAGACUGAAGCAUGCAGUGAUGUUCGGGAAUCAUUUGUUGUUUUCUCAUAGAAAAAGUCAUGCAUGUGCUUAGGAAGACAUUGUCAAGUUAUGCCCGUCUGGGACAUUUCCAUUUGGAAAAUUUUGAUUA